AUGACCAUAUAUUUUUUCUCUUAUUUACAGAAUUCUGUACAAGGGACCUCUCUAACCAUUAGCGUAUACACGGUCACCUCGAAGAGCGUUGUGCUCCGCUGGAACAGCUACCCAGGCGCUGCCUCCUUCAAAGUGUCAGCCACUCCCAAUACCGCUCCGGAUCGUGUCGUUUUCAGCAGUUUCAGUCCUUACACCAUCAUCGGAUCCGUGAACUCUCUCACACCCAAUACUGUUUACACCUUUAUUGUGGAGGCACUAGACAGCUCCUUGACUGUGCUAGCACAAAGUAGUGUUGAUGGAUACACUGCUCCUGACAUUCCCAUCAUCAACACGGCCAUCUCCAAGCAGAGCCAGAGUGUGACGGUGGACUUUGUUGAGGUCACGGGCGCUACCUCCUACGUGCUACGUGCUGAGACCGCCGACGGCUCGUUCUUCUCUGAGGGUCUCACGACAAACUCUCCAGGCGUGAUUACUGGUCUGCAGCCGUACACAGACUACCUCUUCAGCGUCAUGUCUGUCAACGGCGGGGGCCGGAGCCAGCCAUCCAGCCAGAUUUCAGCAAAAACAGUGCUGCCCCCCCCUCAGCUGAACAGCACCUCCCCUAGCAACAGCAGCAUCCUGGUUGCCUGGGCUCUGGUGCCCAAUGCCAUGCUCUACAGCUACACCGUCAGCCGUGACAACACCCUGCAGCUGAACCGCAGCAGCACCACCGACGUCUCGCUGGACCUCGGAGGCCUGGACGCCGGUGUCAGCUACUGCGUCACAGUCAACGGCUGGAGCCCGGACGGCGUCCCUGGAGACACCACCACCAUCUGCCAGAUCACCCGUCCCUCCACUCCCCAGUCUGUGCUGCUGCACGGGGUGUUGGUGAACGGCGUGUGGGGCGUGUCCGUGUCUUGGGCCUCCGUACAGGGCGCAAACCAGUACGUAGCCACGAGCUCUUCUGGCGUCAGCUGCUCAUCUGCGUUGAGCCCCUGCGUGCUGAUGGUGGGGGGCUGUGGGCAGGUCCUCUACACCUCCAUCACUGCCAUCAACCAGGCCGGAGCAAGCCAGCCCUCUCGUCCAAUAAGCUUCAACACCAAGCCGUGUCCUCCGGAUCCUGUCCGUGUGAACGUGUUAGGCGGAGGUAACUGCUCGUUGGUGUGGAACUCCACGUCCUACACCGAUUACUACACGGCCUUCUUCAAGCGAGACGACGGCAUGGAGGAGUCGUGCAACACCACCAGCAUCUCCUGUUCCUUCCACUGCAGUUGUGGAUACUCCUACCUGCUCAGCGUGUUCAGUAACAACCAGGCUGGGACCAGCCCCCUCGGACCUGUUCUCAACGAGACCACUGUGCCGUGCUGCCCUGGCGAUGUGGUAGUGUGGGAUCCUUCUCCGGAGACGCUGGAGAUGGUGUGGACGCCGGUGCGUGGUGCCGACUCGUACCAGACAUGGGCAGUGGUCGCCGGCGUGCCCGACGUGAUCUGUAAUGACACGUCAUCCACCUGCGUGCUCUCCAGCCUCACCUGUAACACCAAUUACAGUGUGACCAUCAUCCCCUGCACCGAGACCCACGGCUGUAACCUCUCCUGCAGCCCUCAGACACACGAAACAGUUCCGUGCAUGCCAGCGGUAGUGGGCGUGAGCCAGAACAGCUCUACCUCCAUCGAUGUCACCUGGAACGGCUCAAACAUCGCCGCCGACUACACAGCCAUUGCCGCUAACAUGCAGGGCGGCAUCCACACUUGUCAGUCAACGGGAGCAUCCUGUACAGUCACAGGGUUGCUCUGUGGCUCCUCCUACACGGUCAGCGUCAUCGCGGCCACCGCAGCUGGACAGAGCAUACCCAGCUUCAGUGUGCCCUUUGAGAUAGCUCCUUGCUGCCCAGACAACCUGACUGUGACUCAGGUGACGCAGGCCUUGAGUAACGUCAGUUGGUCAGUGGCACGUGGCGCCCAGUCCUUCCACGUAUCGCUGAUGUCACCGAGGGGCAGCGCCAAGUGCCGCUCCUUGCAGUCCAGCUGCCUGAUAGGCUGCAUCACAUGUGGAACGAACUACACUGUCUCUCUGGAAGCCAUCAGUCCGUCUGGAAAGACGGAACCUUGCACGUACCACAGCUUCUCUUCCAGUGAGUGCUGUCCGUCAGGGAUCCGCCUCUAUAAGCGGUCCAAUAACACGCUGCGCGUGCAGUGGAGGGCGGCCACAACCCUUAGCAACUACACGGCCAAGGUUUCUGGCAGUGGGCGGAGCUACACCUGCAGCCCCGGCCCAGGGGGCAGCACCUGCGAUGUCGCCGACGUCACAUGUGGUAACGUGUACUCAGUAGUGGUCGCGCCGGUCAACCCAGACACAACUGUCAUCCCGUUCUGCUCCAGUAGGAUCUACUCAGUUUAUUGCCAAGGGACCAACGUUGGAACUUUACUUUAUCGUGGGAAGAGAAGUGUGGAUUAAUAAAAG